CUUGCUUUAUCCAUACGGAAUAACUGUUGGCGACUUAAAAAUCCCAGCGAUGAGCACGGAUGUAACCUCCCCAUACAUCAAGCCGCCCACAGGGUUCCCCUUUCUCGGUCAGACCUAUGAUAAUAUAUAUUUUUCAGAUAAUGGACUUGUUCAUUUCCCGCCAUUGAAAGUCAAUGAGAAAUACUUGUUCCCAAACCCCUUUGAUAAGGGCUUUAAAGGAGAUGAAAUCGAAGCCAUGCUGGCUGUGUUCUGGGACGACGCCGACCUGACGCUGGGAAAUGGGUCACUUUAUUAUCAGACCUAUUCAGCCUCCAAUGAGAAGGAUUUCUACUCCCAAAUCAUUUUUAACAGAACUUUUGAUGAUGUCAAUAAAUACUUCAAAAGCCUUAAUACCGUCUUCUCACCAAGAUGGAUCCUAAAAAUAACGUGGGACGGCAUCUUACCCGUAUCCUUCCAGAGAAUCUUGGAAAAUGAGACUAACACAUUCCAGUGUAUUCUAACGACUGAUGGGAAUCUCUCCUUUGCAUUAAUGAAGUAUGAGAAGAUGCAGUGGGGCCCCGGGCAGAGGGUCCAUCACAGAGCUCUGAUUGGCUACACCAAUGGGGCAGGCGUGUUCUACAAUGAUCCCCAGACGCAGAAGUACAAUACAUAUGGAGCCGAGGGAAGAUACAGGCCCCAUACAGUAAAAGGGAAUACAAAUGUAACUGGGUUUUGGGCUUUCCGUUUGGAUACCCCAGUCAGUAUGAACAGAACCAACUUCCAGAGCAAAUGCUGGAGCUGGUAUUCUACAGAACCAGACCAUUUCACAUGGAGUGUUGCUCUGCCGCCAUGUCCAUGCCUCAAAUCUCAGGCUGCCAAAGACAGAACGUUUAUCUCAGAGACUGUUCCUUCCUCCAGUGCAGAUCUAAUAAAGAGCCUAAGGGGUCAGCAGUGCAAUGGAACAACCUUUCAGUCCACCCUGCCCAAUCAGUAUCUCGCUGGGCGCCGAUGUGUAUAUGAUGCAGAUGGAUACCUGAUAAAUGGCUUCAGCGACCGUUUCUUUGUCUAUGACUCCAAUAUUAAUGGAAUUAAAGAUCACAUAGAUAAAGACUUGCUCCCGUACCAGUGGUGCUGUAUUAAUUCUCCUUUGUGUCAUUUAUACAAUGAGAAACGACCCUUCGACACAUGUGCUGAGUAUUCUUCUCCAGGCCUCGGGCAAAUAUAUGGGGCUAUGCAUUUAUCCACCUUUGACGGUCUGGACUAUACAUUCAAAGGCCUGGGAGAAUACGUCAUUGUCAGGCUUUCUUCUGCCAAUGGAGUCAAUAUAUUCACUCUCCAGGGGCGCACAGAGAAGCUUCCACCAAACUCUGCGUAUGGAAAUACAACUGCACUCAAGCGCCUUGCUGCGUUCUAUCAGGGCACUCUCAAAGUAUGUGAAAUGGGCAUUUAG